CUCUCGAGAGGUGCGCACACGCAACGCUCGCUCGCUCCAAACCACAAAACACAAGCACCACCACACACUUGAACGAGCCCAGAAAGCUUCAAACAACAACUAUUGCCAUGUAUCUGGAUACAAAAAACCUGACAGCUAGCAGCAACAACAACACAACUGCAGCAACAAAAACAGUCUUAAUGGCGCCCAAGGCGGGGCGACGCAUGCGGAAAGUUUGGCAACCGCUGCGAAGAUUGCUGACAGUGGGCGGCAAAGGAAGACCAAUGUCUCAGCCGCACCCCAAUAAUGUUGAUCUCAAUAAUACACAGCUUUUGCUGUUGCCGCCGCUGGAGCUGCUGAGCGACAGCAAAGCAACAUCAACAAUAAUAACAACGCCCGAUGAGUCUAUCAACAAGUUUGCCGCUGAGCUGAGCCAGCAGCAGGUGCCUGAGGAGGAUUUGACACAGACGCCACCGCCGCCCAACACGCCUACGCUGAUCAGCAGCGUCUAUGUGGAAAAGGUCAGCACACAGAGCUGCAAUGCCUGCCAGCAUGGACGGAAUUGUCAGCACACACAUCGCAGCAGCAACAGCAACAGUAACAGUAACAGCAACAUCAACUUGAACGCCAACAGCAACGCUGUCCAAUCCACGUCCACGCCCACGACCACACCAACGCCCACGCCCACGUUGUGGGACCUGCAAUUACCGUUGCAGUACAUUAGCACAGACAACGGCACCUUCUUCUGGGCCAACACACAGGAACGCGUCGACGAUGAUCUGCUGCACGCCUGGCUCUGCCAAAGCUUUAGUCAAUUGCCUGGCACGCUUUGCUAGCCAAGGAGUUGCCAAGUGUUGUUGUUACCCACAACAAUCGAUAACCGAUCUCAUUUUUGGGCUCGCUCGUGACUGUGUCUGCAGCAUGACUCAAAAAGUCAACACACCUGAGGCCCCAGCAUUGUGCACCCUAAAUUCUUAUUAGUUGUUUGUUCACACAAUUAUUUAUUUCCUCGCGCAAUAUUUACUUUGUCAAUGUGAUAUCAAUUUGCAAAUAAAUGAAAA